AUGAGAACGACGCAGGAGGUCUGGGCAGCCAGCAGGCCGAUCCAGAGGCCAGCGAAGCCCAUCCCGGAGACGAAGGCAAGAAGAACGGCCACCGGCGUGCCGACCAGGUAGAACGAGCCGAGGUUAAUGUUGGCCCCGGCAUUGGGCCGCGCGCUGCCCCGCAGGAUGCCGCACGCGGUGGUCUGCGGGCAGUUGCCGAGCUCGCAGAGCCCCGCGAUGGGCAGCGCCAGCGCCGUCAGCCUCAGGAUCUCCUUGUCAGAGGUGAAGAGCCGCCCCCACCGGUGCCUCACCGCGACGGUGAAGACCAUGGCAAGGACUCCCAUCAGCACCGCGCAGGCCAGCGCCACCAGCGCGGCGGCGCGUGCGCCGGCGGGCCGCCGCGCGCCGAGCUCGUUGCCGACGCGCGUGGAGACCCCGAGGCUGAGCGAAGACGGGAAGACGUAG